AUGGAGAAUAUGACGUUAUGUGAAGCAAACAACUUUCCUCUAACGCCCAUAACAUUCUUGAAGAGAGCUUCAGAGUGUUAUCCGAAUCGAACUUCUAUCAUUUAUGGAGAAACCCGUUUCACUUGGCCUGAGACAUAUGAUCGUUGUUGUCGUCUAGCAGCGUCUCUCCUUUCUCUUAACAUCAAAAGAAACGACGUCGUCUCGGUUUUGGCGCCUAACGUACCUGCCAUGUACGAGAUGCAUUUCGGUGUUCCCAUGACCGGAGCCGUACUUAACCCUAUUAACACCCGUCUCGACGCCAAAACCAUAUCCAUCAUCCUCCGCCACGCCCAGCCCAAGAUCUUAUUCGUAGACCAUGAGUUCGUUCCUUUGACCCGAGAAGUCCUCCGUCUCCUACCAUUUGAUGAUUCACAACCUCACCCGCUGGUCAUAUUUAUUGAUGAGAUUGAUUCCACUAGAAAGGCUUCCUCCAAAGAGUUAGACUACGAGGGUCUCAUCAGUAGAGGAGAUCCUUCUCUCUCCACGGCCGCAAGUAUGUUUGAUGUCCUCAUCGAGCAUGACCCUAUCUCUUUGAACUACACGUCUGGCACCACGGCGGACCCAAAAGGUGUGGUGAUUAGCCACAGAGGAGCCUACUUGGCCACCUUGAGCGCGAUUAUGGGUUGGGAAAUGGGGAUUUUCCCAAUCUACCUCUGGACCCUGCCUAUGUUUCAUGCCAAUGGGUGGACACACACGUGGUCCGUGGCUACGCGUGGGGGCACCAACGUCUGCAUCAGGCACGUGACUGCCCUAGAGAUCUAUAAAAACAUAGAUUUGCAUGGCGUGACGCACAUGUCAUGUGUUCCUACCGUAUUUAGAAUUCUCCUCGAAGGAGGUCGAACCAACCAAUCACAUAGGCCCCAGCCUGUUAAAGUGCUGACCGGAGGUUCAUCCCCACCCGCUGCACUUCUUGAGAAGGUGCAACAGCUGGGGUUCCAGGUGAUGCAUGGCUACGGGCUUACGGAAGCCACCGGUCCUGUUCUGUUUUGUGAGUGGCAGGAGAAGUGGAACCGACUACCAGAGCAUCAACAGAUGCAGCUGAAAGCAAGGCAAGGGGUAAGGAACAUAAUCCUAGCUGAUGUUGACGUGAAGGACACGAAAACUUAUAAGAGUGUAUCACGCGACGGGAAGACCACUGGAGAGAUCGUUGUUAAAGGAAACAGUGUAAUGAAAGGGUAUCUAAAGAAUCCCAAAGCAACAUCUGAAGCGUUUAAACACGGGUGGCUCAACACGGGAGAUAUAGGUGUGAUUCAUCCCGACGGGCACAUAGAGAUCAAAGAUCGAUCUAAAGAUAUCAUCAUCUCGGGAGGUGAGAACAUCAGCAGUAUUGAGGUCGAGAAAGUUCUUUACGAGCACCCGAAAGUGAUGGAGGUUGCGGUCGUAGCCAUGCCUCACCCUCUAUGGGGUGAAACUCCGUGUGCGUUUGUUAUUCUUAAAAAGGGUGAGACUAAUCAAGGGGAUCGUGGAGAAGGAGAUUUGAUUCAGUAUUGCCGUGAGAAUAUGCCACGUUUUAUGUGUCCGAGGAAGGUGGUGUUCUUUCAAGAGCUGCCAAAGAACAGCAACGGAAAGAUCCUAAAGUCUAAGCUGAGAGACAUCGCUAAAGCUUUGGUAGUCGAUGGGGACGAUGUCGGUUCCAAGAAAAUUGACCGAGGCAAUGUUGAUCGCAUUAGUUCCAGGCUUUAA